AUGACUCUUCCUCAAAGAUUUGCGCCCCCGCACGACGAACUACGCCAAUUCUAUGUCGGGAAAGACAUCCACGAUGUUCCCAAACCGGCCGUCAUCUUGGACGUGUCACGAGUUCAAAGACAUUGUCAAUCCAUGCUAGAGGCUGUAGAUGCUUUAGGUGUCGGAUUCCGUGCCCAUGUCAAGACACACAAAACAAUCGAGGGCACCCGCCUUCAAGUUGGGCAAGGAAGUGGCGACAUAAAACUGGUGGUGUCGACUCUAGCAGAGAUCGAUCAUCUUCUCCCACUCUUCAAGGAGUAUCAAGAUGCAGGCCGACAUGUCGACAUCCUCUACGGUAUCCCACUUCCGCCAUCUCAGAUUCCACGUCUCGCUACUCUUGGCUCCGAGCUGGGAAAGGGAAGCAUUUCAGUCAUGAUCGACCAUCCUUCCCAACUCGACUCAAUCAAGUGCUUUUCCCAACAGACAAAAUUCCCUGCUCGCGUUUACUUGAAAGUUGACACUGGCUACCACCGUGCAGGGCUUCCACCAACGUCUUUGAACAAGAAUGGCCUGAUAGAAGCUCUGGCACAGCUCGAGGCUCAGGGAGAAGCUGAGCUUAUUGGAUUGUACUCGCAUAGUAGCCUGAGCUACAAGGACUCUACGCCCGAACAGGCCAUGGCUAAUCUGGAGGGUGAGAUACAAGGCUGUCUUGAGGCGGUACACGCCCAGUCCCAUUUAUUCCCCAACCACGAGAAGAUCACCAUCAGCGUGGGGGCGUCCCCCCAAGUUACGGCUAUCGAAAACUUGACCAACACGGAAGGAGAUUUGUCAGAUACUGCCCAGUCUCUACGCAGGGCGAUUCAAACGGUCUCGUCCGGAAAACCAGGUGGGCUUCAGACCACACUUGAACUUCACGCAGGAGUGUACUCCAUCCUUGAUCUUCAGCAAACCUCGACGAACUCAAGAAGGACAUUAGGGUCCUUCGAGGAUGAAAUUGCAAUCUCAGUCAUUGCUGAGGUCUGUAGCGUCUACAACGACAAAGAGCGAUCUCAACCAGAAGCACUCGUUGCCGUCGGAGUGCUCGGCUUGGGCAGAGAGCCAUGCCCUUCUUAUCCAGGAUGGGGUAUCGUCAACAAAGCGCACCUAAAAUCUCAGACAAACUCAGAGAGGCGAUUGAUCAUUGGCCGAGUUAGCCAAGAACACGCCAUCGUUGCCUGGGAGCAUGGAAAGGAUGAAGAUACGGCUGAUUUACCCCCUCUUCCUCUGGAAGUUGGCCAGAGCGUCGUCAUUUUCCCAAACCAUGCCUGUAUUACUGGAGCUCUAUAUGGGUGGUAUCUUGUAGUUGACUCUUCUGAUGAGGAGAACCCGACUAAGAUUGUUGACGUUUGGGCUAGAGCAAGUGGAUGGUAG